AUGCCCAUAGCCAUUUACUGCCAGGAACUUCAACUAUCAGCGUUACAUUUCGAUGUUAUGUGGGAAAACGAUGAAGAAAGGGAGAAAAACGAGCACGAAGAUGAGGAACACGACACCGAAAAAGGUCAUUUUCUUCAGUUACUGAUCGCUUCAACUCCUCACGUGCUCUUGAAUCUGCUAUUGAUUUUCUACCUUCUGCUUGGCACCUCCCUAUUACGGUAUAUUGAUGAAGAAAUCGGCAAGGAGGAGUUCCCGUCAGCACUACUUUUCUCAUUCACCACCGUUACUACAAUAGGCUACGGCACUAUACACCCAACCACAGUUAGGGGAAAACUAUGCUGCUUGCUGUAUUGUGUUAUUGGAAUUCCGUUGGUAUUCCUGGUACUCACAAAUAAUGGUCAGUUCGUCGUUGACAUCUAUGUGAUCAUCAGAAAGAGCCUUGGCAAUAAGACUGCUCAAGUAUAUUACUAUCAAAAAACUGUCGACAUUUAUCGAAAAUCCGCUCUCACCUAUCGGCUGCUAGUGAAUGUGUCGUCUACGACAUGUGCGUUCCAGAUGACACCAUCGGAGGGGCUUCCACUUUGGCUAUCGUUUGUACUGCUCCUCCUGCAUUCUGUUGUCGGCGGACUUCUCUUCAGCACAUGGAUGGGACAGAUGCGGUUCUUCGACGCUGUAUAUUGCAGUUUCAUCUCAGUGUCCACAAUUGGUUAUGGCGAUCUUGUUCCAGUUCCUGAUACUUGGACAAAUUCCGUGGUUAUUAUAUCGUUCCUUUCAGCAGGUGUGAUCAUCUUAUCGACAUUUUUCCAAACCUUUGGCUGUUAUCUACAGUACUUGCACCAUAUCGGAAGGCGGUUCACUGGCACUAAAGAUGUAGAGAUCUGGUUUGGUGGUAGAAUAUUAACUGUUCAAGAGCUUAUUACACUGGUAGCGAAAGAAUUUGGAGUAUCCCCACAACGACUUCGAACUCUGUUACGUGACUUGGACAGCAUUCUCGAAGCAGCCUGUGACGAUGCGGUGAAGAAUCGCUCAGAUUUAUUGCGUAAUAGUGGCGACGUGCUAAGAAACGAGAGUCGAAUAAUGAUGUUAGGAAACGAAAAGUGUCCAAUACUUGUCAGCAGCGAACUGAAGACAGAUGACGAUGUUGAGCGGACACUAGGAUAUCGAAUUCCAUCAAAAUCCAGCAUGCAACUGAUCGUUCGUGACACGGAAAACGUGGUACAGGCCCUUCGUAUAAUUCAUCAUAAACUGAACAAAGUGCCAUUCCGUCAACAACUUGAAUGA